CCAGGCUGGGGCAAGAGAGGCUGGAAAGCUGGGAAAGGCCCUGGGUGUGCUGGUGAGAGCAGCUGAACAGGAGCCCAGGUGGACAAGAGGCUGAUGGCACCUGGGCUGUCCCAGCAUUGGUGUGGCCACGGGCCCAUCCCCUGUUCUGACACUGCUGGGCUACCUCCAGCAGUGGAGGUGGCCUCCACUCUACCUGGGGACAAAUCUGGAGCCCUCGUGGUAAGAGGGGCUGUCCAAAGAAGGGAAUGGAGCAGAGGAAGGGUAUGGAGCACCAGGAGGAGCUGGGGGUCCUCAGCCUGGAGUGAAGGAGGCUUGGUGCGACCCUCUGGCUCUCCACAACUCCCUGAGAGAAGGAUACAGCCAGGGGAUGCGUCAGGCUCUGCUACAAGGGACGGGACAAGAGAAAACAGCCUCAAGCUCUGCCAGGAGAAGUUGAGGUUGGAUGAGAGGAGGAAUUUCUUCAUAGAAAGUGGUGUCAGGCAUCAAAGGGGCUGCUCAAAAGUGUGAUUGAGUCCCUAGCCCUGGCAGUAUCCGAGGAAUGACUGGACAUGGAAUGACAAGGAAUGACAUGAACACCUCAGUGCUCUGGUCUGGGUGUUGAGGUGGGGAUUGGUCGCAGGUUGGGCUUAAUAAUCCUCGAGGUCUUUUCCAACUUUAAUGACUGCGAAAUCCCUCUGGCUCCUUGCCCAGCUCUGCUCCAGGACUGCCCCAUUCCUCCCUGUAGCUCAGCAACCGGGUGCUAGCCCAGCCCUGACGCUGCCUCUGCUGUUCCGGGGCUCUCACAGCCAUGGAGCCCGCAGGGCGCUGCGCUGCCCAGGGAAGGGAGGGAGCUCUGCGGGGGUUCAGGGGAGGACAGCUCCUGAAGCCCUAUGACAGCUUCAUCCGCACCCACCUGCGCUUCUAUGGCUACUUCCGAGAUGAGAAGACAGGCAGGGAAGAGACUGCCAUGUCCCCGGGGGAACCCUCCGGGCAGCAUCCCAAGGCCUCCACCAUGGGCAACACCGACCCUGGCUGGCAACGAGGUCCUGGGCGCGAGCCAAACCACCCCAGGGUGGUGCAGACGCCCCACCAGGGCAGACUGGCCCCCUUAAGGCAGCCCUGGAGGUCUCCAGGAGAACCACAGGCUCUGUUCUCCCUCCCUGCUCCUCGCUGGCCUGUGGAGUGUGAAGUCAUCCCAGAGACAAUUGAGCACAUCGAGUGGGUCCCCCCCAAACCAGAGCCCUUCUGCCCACCCAUGGGCCAGGAGCAGGCCCUGUGCACCCUUGGUGAGGAGCAGGGCACUAUUGUCUACCACUCCAGCCCAGUGCUCCAAGGCUCCUGCUUUACUCGUGCUCGGGUUGGAGGAGCCCCGGGGCCACUCUCCUCGCCAGCAGCCCCCUUGGAGGGUCCCCAGGACACCACGCUGCUCUUUGAGUCCCGCUUUGAGAGUGGGAACCUCCAGAAGGCCAUCAAGGUGGGUCCCUACGAGUACGUGCUGAUGCUGCGGCCAGACCUGUACACGGCCAAACACACACAGUGGUUCUACUUCCGUGUCCAAAACACGCGGCAGGAGCCGCUCUACCGCUUCACCAUUGCCAACAUGGCCAAGCCCAAGAGCCUCUAUGGCCAGGGCUUGCGGCCGCUGUUCUAUUCCCAGCAGGAUGCCCAGAGCUGUGGCAUAGGCUGGCGCCGGGUCGGGACCGAUGUCUGCUAUUACCGUGGCAGCGCAGGGGAGCCACCGCUGUUCCGGCUCAGCUGGACUAUGCGCUUCCCCCAUGAUGGUGACACCUGCUUCUUUGCCGCCGGCUACCCCUACACCUAUUCGGAUCUGGGGCGCUACCUGCGCGCGCUGGCGGCCGACCCGGCGCGCUCACGGUACUGCACGGUGCGGGCACUGUGCCACAGCCUGGCUGGCAACACCGUGCCCCUGCUGACCAUCACCGGCCCGGGUGGCACGGCCGGCAAGCGGGCAGUGGUGCUGAGCGCCCGCGUGCACCCUGGUGAGAGUGGCGGCUCCUGGGCCAUGCAGGGAUUCCUGGAUUUCCUGCUGAGCCCCCACGAGGAUGCGCAGCUCCUGCGCCGCCUCUUCGUCUUCAAAGUGGUGCCGAUGCUCAACCCCGAUGGGGUGGUGGUGGGCAACUCCCGCUGCUCCCUGGCAGGACGGGAUCCCAACAGGGCCUAUGGGAAGGCGCUUCCCGGCUCCUUCCCCGGCGUGUGGCACCUGCGGGCCAUGGUCCAGAGGGAGCUGGCAGAGCGGGAGGUGGUGCUGUACUGCGACUUCCAUGGGCACAGCAGGAAGAACAACGUGUUCAUGUAUGGCUGCGAUGGCGGCGGGGAUGGUACAGGGACACGGCUGCGCCAGCGAGUGUUCCCCCUAAUGCUGAGCAAAAACGCCCCUGACAAGUUCUCCUUCUCCAGCUGCAAGUUCCAGGUGCAGAAGAGCAAAGAGGGGACAGGCCGGGUCUCCAUGUGGCGCCUGGGCGUCUCCCACAGCUACACCCUGGAGGUGGCCUUCAGUGGCUCCACACUGGCUGGGAGAAGCUCCCACUUUAGCGUGGAGGACCUCGAGUCACUGGGCUGCCUCCUCUGUGACACCCUGCUCGACUUCUGCGACCCUGCACCUACCAAGCUCCAGCAGUGCCUGGUGGAAGCGGAUGCACUGCUGCAGCAGCGGAUGGGUCGUGGGCCAGGCUCUGGAGGCAGCUGGAGUGAUGUGUCCCCCUCAGAGCUUGAGUCCAGCACCAGUGGCUCUGACAGUUCCGUGUCUGACGGGAUCCCAGAUGACUUCCACAGCCCCAGCCAACAGAUGGAGCCACACAGGAAGAAGCGGCUGCAGAGACGGAGAGCAAGGAAUGUCCUGCGCCAAACAAAGCGGAGCCGCACCACUAUCCCGGCUGGGACCCGCAGGCAUCCAGUUCUUCCUGGUGUCCAGAGUGGAGGUGACAGUGUGGGAGAGAAGCCCAGAGCCAGCUCCAGUGUCACCUAUUCCAGGGCAGCUGGAGCAGGGAAUGGCCCCCGUGCCAUCGCAGGAGCAGUGCUUGGAGCUGACUCUGGAGUGGCCCUUCCCACGGCACCUGAAGCAGGGAAUGGCCGCUGUGCCACCAUGGGAAGGCAUCAGCUGGACAGCAGCACAAGUGCGGUGACACACCGCAAGCCCCCACUGAGCCCCUGCUACCGUGCUGCCACCAGUGACUCUUCCCGGGAUCCAGCCAUGGGGCCAUCCUGGCAGCGGGGUGGGCACAGGCCCAGGGACAGGGCACGUCCCCUCACUGUUCAUGUGGUGACCUUACGCUGCUGCGCCUGUGCUCGGCAGUAAAGGUGCUGCCACCUCCAUGUCUAUGCCUGGUGCUGCCUGUUUUCAUUUUGAUGUCCCCUCAGGAGUCUCCUUGUCCCCAAGCUCGGCCAGAAUCUUGCUGGCACCCAACCCCGUGACACCACCAUGGUGUCAGCCUAUGCCUGUGGUGCUACCUUGGGCCCUGCCACCAGCAUGUCCCCUCCAUUGCCUGGUAUCACCUCAGCCCUGCCACCAUGGUGUCAUCUCGGGUUGUAAGGAUGUUUGGUGCUAGCUCUGCCACCCGGGUGACUCCUCAGCCCUGUGACCCCACUGUCCCCCCUCUCACCAUGGUGUCCCCGCAGGCGCCGUGGGUGCCCCAGACCCCGUUGCCAUGGCAACAGCCCCGCCGCGCCUCCGGCCGUUUCCAUGGCAGCCGCUGCA